UCCAACGUGUAUAUACAGCUAUUUCAAAAAACUUUGUCGGGUUGAAUGCUGAAUGGCGAUUGUCGAAGGGAGAUUGCACGUAGUUCYGYGUAGUGGUUYUUGUUUGUCAUAAAGUGCUGUCAGGUGUUGCUUUUGACAUUCCCCACAGUUCGGCGGUGUUUUCUUGCAAUCGGUAGCAUGCUAAGUUCAGAGCUGAUAGUAGUCGCUUGGCUGCUCCAUUGACAUUUUUACGUUCUGUUCAGGGGCAGAUCCAGGAUUUCCUCAGGGGAGGGGUGAAGGGCUGUCAGGAGGGGGUACACCCCCGACAAAAAUCAUUACCAUGAAGAUACAAAAUAAGGAAGGUAUUGAAGGAUUGAGAUCUCAGGAGGGGGUUUGCACCUGGAUCCGCGCCCCUGCUGGUUAAGGAGAGAAUCGCUGUUCUUGUUUAUGGAUUGGAUAUUUUCGUUGCUUUUCCAAGGUGUGUUUCUACUGGACUAGAUGGCUUGUAGAAGUGCCGUCUGUGCUGUCCAUCUGAUAUAUAGGCCUUUUGUAAUAAUAUUAAUGUUAAUAUAGCAAAAGGGGAUUCCAUAUAUUUCUCCAUAUAACCACCUGGACAUCAUCAUAGGACAAGGGACCAUAGGAUGUGAAAUUUAUGAAGAUCUUCCAUCAGUAGAUGUUGUGAUUGUCUCUGUUGGUGGAGGUGGGCUGAUUAGUGGUAUUGCAUCCUACUUGAAGUCUGUCAAACCAGGCAUUAAGAUUGUUGGCUGUGAAGCAGUGAAAUCAUGUCCAAUGCAAGAAUCUGUGAAGGCUGGUAAAGUUGUAACUGUUGAAGUCAGUCCAACUUUGUCGGAUGGAACUGCUGGCGAUGUGGAACCAGGAGCGAUAACAUUGGAGUUUUGUCAAAAACUAGUGGAUGACUGGGUACUUAUCACCGAAGACGAAAUCAGUAGUGCUAUCUAUAACACUUUAAAAUAUCAUCAUAAGAUAAUAGAAGGUGCAGCAGGAUUGGCUGUAGCAGCAUAUAUUAAGACAAUGGACAAAUACAAAGGCAAAAAUGUGGUGAUAAUUUCGUGUGGACGUAACAUAAGUAUGCAGAAAUUGAAAGCCAUCAUUAACAAACACAAUGAUUGAUGUACUUUGGUAUCUUGUAUUAAAGUCUAAGCUGGUGUGUUUUAAGCCUGUGAACAAAAGAAAAGACAAUUGGAAUGAAGUCAAGCGUGCAUCGAUAUAAGCAUAGUAACAAAUAACAUAAGGCAGAGCAUAAGCUUAAGGAAUAAACAGAGAAAAACACCUUCC